AUGGGUACUCCAUCUUCAUUGCCCACAAACCCUAAUCCCAGCCCCAGUCCGCCACCACCUCAAUCACCGCCACCACAAACUCCACCAUUACCACAAUCGCCACCACCUCAAUCACCGCCACCACCCCCAAGCCAAAUACCACCUCUCAUUCCGCCGACUCCCCUCUCGCCGCAAUCCGAGCCGCCAAAUGAAACACCAAUUCCCGACUCCCAUUCCCCAGAACCAGCGCCUGAACAUGUGCCUACUCAAAUGAAAACCCAAGGCAAAACAAAAAAGGCUGCAAGUAAACCUAAGAAAACCCCUGUCGGAAAACGAAAACGAGUACCCUCUGUUCCUUUCGACCUGAAUUCUCCACCUCAGCCGUCCUCUGAACCAGUUAGCAAAAGGACCAGGUCUUCCUCGCAAACCCCAACACCAGUGGCCCAAACACCAGUACCUCAGUCUCCCUUACACUCUCCAGCACCUGCAUCAUCUGCAGAUAACAUCGAGGAGAAUAAAAGGAGACAUAGUCUUGCUACGCAAGCAAAAACUGAAGUCAUUGGGAGGGAAGAUGAUAGAAAAGCAAUUGUAGAUCUUUUAUUACACUCUGCCACUGUGGACAAUGUGUCUGUCAUUCCCAUUGUAGGGAUGGGAGGGUUAGGAAAGACCACAUUAGCUCAAUAUGUUUAUAAUGAUGAAAAAGUCAAAAAUCAUUUCGAGCUAAAGUUAUGGGUGUGUGUCUCUGACGUCUUUGAUCUAAAAGUAAUAGUGGAAAAGAUGUUAAAAUCAAUAGGAAAGGAACCAGGAAACUUUGAGUUGGAUCAAUUGCAAACAAGUGUUCGAAAUGCAAUUAGUGGAAAGAAAUAUAUGUUAGUGUUGGAUGAUGUUUGGAAUGAAGAUCUUCAGAAAUGGAUGGAGUUAAAGGCACUAUUGAUGUGCGGUGCAAGAGGAAGUAGGAUCUUAGUGACCACUCGUUCCGAAAAGGUUGCAGGAAUAACUAGUGGCAAAAAGACACAUUAUUCUCUAAAGGGCUUAGAUCUAGAUAAGUCUUGGUCUUUGUUUAAGAAAAUAGUGUUCGAGGGGAAAGAGCCAGAGAGUCCAAAUGUGAAAAACAACGGAAAGCGGAUUAUAGAGAAGUGUGUUGGAGUUCCCCUUGCAAUAAAGACAAUUGCAAGUCUUUUAUACUUUAGAGAUCCAGAAAGAGAAUGGUUGCCUUUUUUAGAAAAUGAUCUUUCAAAAAUAGCUCAAGAUGAAAAUGUCAUUUUAAAUACACUUAAAUUGAGCUAUGAUCAUCUCUCAUCACAUUUGAAGCAUUGUUUUGCAUAUUGUGCAUUAUUUCCCAAAGAUUAUGUGAUUGAUGUGAAAAAAUUGAUUCAUCUUUGGGCUGCCCAAGGGUUCAUUGAGUCAUCAAAUUCAAGUUUAUGUGAUGAAGACAUUGGACUACAGUAUUUUACAGAGUUGUGGUGGAGGUCAUUUUUUCAGGAAGUAGAGAGGGAUGAAUUAGGCAAUGUAGAAAAUUGCAAAAUGCAUGAUUUGAUGCAUGAACUUGCAACUUCAGUUGCUGGGAAGGGCAUUUGCAUAAUAAAUUUUAAAGAAAAAAGUGUGGAUGAAAGUGUCCGUCACGUGUUAUUUGACUUCCGGUUAUAUUCAUCCCAACAAAUUCCUGCUGGAUUAAGCAAUGCACUAAAAUUGAGAACGUUUCUUUUGCCAUGUCAAGAAUUUCCUAUUAGUGAAGAUGAUGUAAGUAAGUUGUCAAUCUCUGAAGUUAUUGUUCUAAACUUUAGAGAGUUACGGGUGUGUGAUACAAAGAUUGAAAAAGUGUCCAAUUCUAUAAAUAGACUAAAACAUCUUAGAUAUCUUGAUGUUUCUGAUAAUGAGAAAAUCGUAGCACUUUCAAAUUCUAUUACGAAUCUACAAAAUUUACAAGUGCUAAAUGUCUCAUGGUGUAGUAGUCUAAAGGAACUGCCUAAAGAUAUUAAAAAACUGAUUAAUCUUAGGCAUUUGUAUUGUGUUGGCUGUUCGAAUUUGACCCAUAUGCCACGUGGGCUUGGGCAAUUGACUUCACUUCGAACGUUGACAUUGUUUAUAGUGGCAAAAGAUAAUUCAGUGGCAAAGAAUGUUGGAGGAUUAAAUGAAUUGAAUAGCCUCAACAAUUUGAGAGGAAGUCUUGCAAUUACAAGUUUGGGAUAUGUGAAAAAUGGGAUAAUAAAUCCUAUUUUGAAAGACAUGUCGCUUCUUCAAUCAUUGUUUUUAUCUUCGCGUCGAGAUGAUGAUGCAAAUGUUGAUAAUGAAGAAAUGGCAUUCCAAAAUCUCCAACCGCAUCCUAAUCUUAAAGAGUUAAAGGUGUAUAAGUGA